ACAUUUCGAAUCCAACUGGCACACUGAUUUCUCCCAGACUACGACUGCUUGAUCCGCCCACCAUUCAUUCUGAGAAGAUCAUCUCCGCGAGCUUUCAACUAUUCGACACUUCUUGACACCUAGACAAUUUGAUCCCCUAAUCAUUAAUCACUUUCGUCCGAGCCAUCGAUCCGGCUCAGCAGCAUGAAGCCGAAGCGGCGCGCGCCGCAGAGGGUGCAGCGGAAGCCGAGCACGGUGGCGAGCGUGGGCGGCGGCAGCUGCAUGCGCUUCAUGCUGCUCUUCCUCGCCGCCGCCGUCCUCUUCUGGGUCCUCUCCUCGCGCUCCCAAGCCAUCGCCUCGUCGCUCAACGCCCUCGGCCGCCGUGCGAGAGUAGCGGGCGGCGGGGACAAGCCCCUCGUUAGAGACCUCCUCGGUACCGGAGCCAGUGCUGUGACCUCUAUAGACGCCUUUUCGACCGACCCGCUGAGGAGCGAAGAGCCGGUGCCGCGAAUAUCGCUGUCAGGGACGGACGGGCAAGGGGAAGAAGCGGAUCUCCCAGGAGCGGUAGAUUCGGAGGAGUUGGGUGCGGUGACCGCGGCGCAGAUCCAGCAAGAAACCGGCAGCGAGCGGGGCAAGGCGGCAGAGGACACGCCGAGAGAUGGGGCGGGGAAGGAGGCGGGGAGUGCGGCGCGCAGCACAGCGGAUGAUGCGCCGGUGGCUAAAUCUGCCGUUUUGCGUGGCGACGGAUUGUCAGCGGGAGAUAGGAAGGCAGAUGCGAUCAGGGCGGCAACCGAUAAGCCGAGGCCUGCCAAGGCCGCCGCUGCUGAUGUGAUCGCCAGCGCGACGCAGUCGGCAACUGUAACGAAGCCCGCUUUAACGAAACGGAGAAAGAGACGAGUGAAGGCGCCGCUAGCGCAGUGGACGCCGUUCAACGGCUCGUACCCGGAUCUGACCAUCGCUAGGCCGAAGCGCAGGACGCUAACGGUUAACAUCAACAAGAAGAACCUGCAGCGGGUGUACUUAGACGCGUCGCGGUUCCAGGAGAAUAAUCCGGCGAAGGUGGAUCCGCCUUUAGAGGCGAGUCGUGGGCCCGAAUGCCCGACGUUCGAGUACGGGUACGAGGGCUUCCCUGGCAUCGCGUCGUGCUGGCGAAACCCGAUCGAGGACGUGUUACUUUCGCCAGCGUCGCUACCGGCGAAUUGUGCGAACGCGACGGACGGCGGGUGCAUGCAGGAAGCGGACAAACAACCCCACGAGCGGUGGUCCGCGCAGGUGCUGCUGCUGCACAACGUCUACGUCAACGUGGCCGGGCAGGUGUUCAACCGCACGCACCUCUUCGACCACAACGGCUGCGCCGCCGAUGCGCCCUUCAACUACAAGCUCGGGGAGACCAGCCUCUCCACCUUCCCCACCCUCAUCUCCCUCGUCGACUGGUUCGGCUGGUCCGCCCGCGCCUACAUCCUCGACCUCGUCCCCUCUAUAGUCACCCUCGAUACAGUGCUGCCGCUGCUGAAGGGCGUGCCGGUGGCGCUGGGGCUGCGGGACCGGCACUUGAAGAACCAGAUGGAGCAGGCGACGGGGCUGGGCCACUGGGAGCUCGUGGGCGUGCGCCUGGAGCGGAUGAACCCGCAGAUUCUGAAAGAGGGCGACUUGUUCUUUGCUGAGCGCCUCAUUCUGCCCCUGAAGCAGCGGUGUGGGCGGCCCAGCAGGGCGCUCUGGUCGUACCUGCGCCACCGCAACCUGCUGCCCAAGCCCGGCCUCCCCAUCUACCGCCAUGAGUUCAAGCCCACCUACCGCAAGCGAAAGGGAGAGGACCUUUCAGCGGGCAGCGACUGGAUCGUGAUAGUGGCGAUGCGGGACGAGUGGAAGCCGCUGGUGCAGACGCUGCACGUGCAGCAGCAGCUGCUCAAGUGGCUGCCAGCCGAGCGGGUCGUCACGUACCGAGACGGAUCACUGUCGUUUGUGAAGCGCAAGGAGCUGUUCAACAAAGCAAGGUUGCUGGUGGCGGCGCAUGACAAUGUGUUGGCUGACAUGGUCUUUAUGCCCUCUGGAGGAGCAGUGUUGGAGAUCCGGCCUCAAGAGGAACCCGAUCCGACGUUCCACCACCUGGCGGACGCGUGCCACCUGGACUACUACCUGCUCUUCUCAGAUGGCCGCAAGGCGGACGGCAAGAAGGGCGGCAAGCCCAAGGUGAAAGACCCCAAGGUGGUCCACAAACUGCUGGAGCGGAUUGCGAGGAGGAUUAGGAAAACGAAGUGUAGAAUGGUGUAGUGAAACCUUAGUGUAUAGUACAUUUGCAUAUGUACAAUGAUGAUACACGCACAACAGUGUGCUAUACUAUAUUACCCAUCCCAAGUCACAC